AUGAAUUCGAAUAUUGAACAAGACACCCUAGAGCAUCCAAUUGGGUUAGAUUCCCACAUCAAGCGCAUAGAUGGUUUCCUAAAUGAUGGCAGAUCAGAUGUUGUUCACAUCAUAGGUAUAUAUGGCCCUGGUGGAAUUGGUAAGACAACUAUAGCGAAGGCCGUUUUUAAUAUUGCUUUCUUGCUAAUAUUAGAGAGGAUUCAAGAAAAAGGGAGAGAACACGGUGACAUAUACAAUGAGGAUAGAGGAAUAGUUAUUAUCAAAGAAUGUUUACGCCAUAAAAAAGUUUUGAUAGUUCUUGAUGAUGUGAAUGAAAUGAAACAAUUCAAAAAAUUAGUUGGAGGGCGUGAUUUUCUUGAUGCGGGAAGUCAAAUCAUCCUUACAACCAGAGAGGAAGAUUUGCUAAAUAGGUUGAAGGUGGAUGAUAAAUAUAUGGUCGAGACAAUGAAUCAAGAUGAAUCCCUUCAACUUUUCAGUCUCCAUGCCUUUCAAGAAAAUCAUCCAUCACAAGGCUUUGAGCUGCUCUCAGAAGAGGUAAUUCAUUAUGCAGGGGGCCUUCCAUUAGCUCUUGUGAUUGUGGGUUCUCAUCUAUCCGAAGGAAGUAAAGAUCACUGGAAAAGGGAAUUGGAUAAGUUAAAAAAGAUACCCAAUGAUGAGAUUUUUCUGGUACUUGAAAUAAGUUAUAAUGCAUUGGAUGAAUUCGACAAAAAGGUAUUCCUUGAUAUAUCAUGCUUUUUCAAUGGAGAGGACAAAAAUUUUGUAAUUAAAAUUCUAGAUGCUUGUGAUCUGGGCGGAGAAGCUGCAAUUGAACUUCUCAAACAAAAGUCUCUGAUAAUAAUUGAUGGAUAUAACAAGCUAUGCAUGCAUGAUCUUAUUCAAGACAUGGGAAGGGAAAUUGUUCGCAAACAGUCUCUUAAGAAGCCUGGAGGGCGUAGUAGAUUGUGGGAUACUGAUGAUGCCAUUGAAGUAUUGAUAGAUCUCACUGUAAGUAUUAAUAUGAAAAUUGGAACUGAUGAAGUUCAAGGCUUUCAAUUAAACUUGUCUCGAUGUAAUGAAGAAGAGCUCAGUCUGCCGCUAACCACUGAAGGAUUUUCUAAAAUGCCUAAGCUAAGAUUACUCAUGGUUGAUAGUCGUAUUGAUGGCGACAAUAUUAAUUUUGAUGAAGCACAUUCUCUUCAAGUGGGGGCUAGUUGUUUCAGAAAGUUAGUUUGGGCUAGUUGGGAUGGAUUCCCCUUCGAAUGUAUACCAGAUUAUUUUCAAUUGGGGAACCUUGUCAUUCUUGACAUGCAAGGCAGCAAACUCAAAAAAGUUUGGAAGGGAAGCAAGGUAUGCGACAAUUUUGUUGAGUUUUCCUAUAUCUAUUUUGAGUUUUAUCAUAUUUAUUUUGUGGAAACUAAUUUUUCCCCUUUGUCCCAGUCUCUAUUGUCAAACUUCUCAAAGGUCCAAAAUCUUGAGAAAUUGAUUCUCAAGGAUUGUGAAAGUUUGGUUGAGCCUCUUGCAAAUUUGAAGCCUCUUGCAAAUUUGAAGGUACUCAAUGUUAGUGGUUCUCGCAACCUUACCUGUACGCCGGACUUGUCAAAAGUCCCAAAUCUUGAGAAAUUGAUUCUCAAGGAUUGUGAAAGUUUGGUUCAAGUCCAUGAAAGUAUUUCUUUAUGCUCGAAACUUCAAAGUCUGAACGUGUCUGAUUGCAAGAGACUCGAAUCUCUCCCAAUGCUUCCAUCAAGUUUGUGUUCUCUCGAUGCAUCAGGUUGCAGUGAGUUGAAAAGGUUACCAAAUCUGUCCAACUUGAACCACCUAACGAUGCUAAAGCUUAAAGGGUGUAAAGAGCUGACUGAAAUUAAGGGCUUAAAGGGUUUGCAAUCUGCGGCAACUAUAAACUUAGAAGACUCUACCAAAUUGGAAAGUUUUGUCGAGAAGAAAAUCUUUCAAGUUGGCUCUCUCUCUCUCUCUCUCUCAAUUACGUAUUGA